AUGGACAAACUCUCAGCGAGGCGGCGACGGGACGAUGGCGAGGACGAGGAAGACGACUACAUGUCGAUGUCCUUCGUGGAGGAGCCCCAGACUAAAAGGGAGACCUUUGCACAGAAGAAGCUCCGAAAGCAGCGAGAGGCAGAAGAAAGAGCGCGAGUCCCAUCCAAGGCCGAAGUGGCCGCCGCAGAAGCAGCACGACGCGAGGCGGCGCUUGCAAAGAGCACCCUCGAUGCGUCCAACAAGGGCUUCAAGAUGAUGGCCAAACUGGGCUACAAACCCGGCAGCGCUCUUGGCAGGCAGAAUCCAGGCGGGUCUGAAAGUGACGAGCCGGAUCAACGGCUGCGAGAACCCCUGUGGGUAUCGGUGAAGGAGAAUCGCGGCGGAAUUGGACUGGACUCGGAAAAGAAGCGGAAACUGCGCGAGAGUUUGAGGAGAGGCUAG